AUGAUCGAAGAACCUGGUCCCUGCAUCACCGAUCAUCGUAUUCUGCCGAACAGCGUUCAACCUUUUGGCAUCGAAGAAGGCAUCCCGCCUUAUGGUCAUCUGACGUCCUCGCUCAGCGAUCAGAAGGUUCCAAAAUGGCGGAAGAAAUUGCUGAUCGCUCUUCCGCACCUUGGACUCGUCGUCCUCUCGAUGCUGUACACGGUUUUGGGAGCGGCGAUUUUCUACUACAUCGAGGCACCGAACGAGUCGAUUUUGAAGUGGCGAAGCUUGGCGCAGAUCAACGACAUAUACUCAUUCUUUUCUGACGACCUGUGGCAGUUGAGUCAAAACGGAAGCGUCGGCUCGAAGGAGCAGUGGAAGGCGGUGGUCGAUCAACGCAUGCAAAACCUCAUCGAGACUCUUCACGAGGCGUUCACCGACAACUACGUUACGGUAGAGGAAAUACGCAACAACCAAACGGAAAGCGUCUGGUCGUUCACCACCAGCCUGUUUUUCACCGUUACGCUGAUCACCACCAUAGGCAUCUUGUCGGCAAUCCUCGAGGAACAAAACUCGAUGACGUCGGAACAGUAG